ACUAAAGAAGAAUGGAUCAAUUUUCAGAAGAAUUUGUGAAAAGCUACUCAGAUAAAUUGUUAGCUCUUUGUUUUGCAAAAUCGGUUGAAGAAGAGCAAGAGCUCAACCAAUUAUUGUUUAAUGACGAUAAUCUCCAUACUCAGUCAAGUGUUGUUGAAUCACCUCAAUACUCAGAUGAUCUCACUUCGGCUGACAAGAACAAUGUAAAAAAGAAAGUGAAGCAUUGGAAUCAUGAUGAACAUAGGUUAUUUCUGCAAGGGCUCGAGAAGUAUGGUCGUGGAAAUUGGAAAAAAAUAGCAAAACAUGUUGUUACAAAAACUCAUACACAAGUUGCUAGUCAUGCUCAAAAAUACUUCCUUCGUCAAGAUGAUGCAAUGAAGAAGAGGAAACGAACAAGCAUUCAUGACAUAACCGAAUGGAAUGAAAAUGUUCAGCCUCUCGUAUAUAAGGACUACAAUUCAACUUCUCCUCCUCCUAAUGUUGAAAUGCAUCAAAUUCAUGACACAACAGAAUUGAAUGGAAAUUUCCACCCUCUUCUUUAUAAGGACUACAAUCCAACUCCUACUCCAAAUGUUGAAAUGCAUCAAAUCCAUGACACAAUCGAAUGGAAUGGAAGUUUUCACCCUCUUCUUUAUAAGGACUACAAUCCAACUCCUCCUCCAAAUGUUGAAAUGCCUCAAAUUCAUAAGGAGUUUUUAUUUCCUUGCAUUGUUUAGUAGCUCUGCACUCUUUUCCUUUUAUAUGUUUUAUCCUAUUAGGUUUUUCUUAAAAGGUUUUUAACGAGGCAGAUGUUGAGAGUCCUUGAAUGUUUUUAUUGGGUUUUGGCAUAUAGACCUCCCAUAAUAUGUAUUAUUCAUGUUGUUUGUUAAUAAUAAUUUUAGAGUGCUGCAAAUGAUAGGUGACAA